AGGAGCGCGACUCAGUAAAAAUAAAAUGGCAAGGAGCUUGCUGUGAUUGUCGAGAGUGAGUGCGCGUCAAAAACUUGCCUAUGCCGUAUGCGCGCACUCGCUACUCACAAGAAUGCGUGUCUGCUCGGCUUCUUUCUCUCAACCCUUUAGAUGAGAAAGGGAACCUAGAAGGGGACGAGGCUGUUGAGGGAAAUAAAUUAGCUUCAAAACCACAGAAAGCAGCCACGUUCGGAAGGUUUUGGAUUGGCAAAAGGGCAGAGCAGAGACUAGGAUCAAUUAAAACCGAGUCAAUCCGGUUACAACGGGCAGCGUUAUAAUAAUACCAAGGUCAGUACACUGAACGAGCGCACAAACCCACGUAAUUUAACGUCUUAGACUGGGUACUGAAUUCGGAGACGGGGAAAUCACCACCAGCCGCAGCUGAAGAUGGAGGGGGUGAUGCAAGGGAUGCAAGCAUACGGUGCGGGGAAGGCUGGAGGAGCCUUCGACCCAUUGACGUUCUUUCAACAGCCUCAAACGAUCCUUCGGCUUGUGUGCUGGCUCUUCUCCAUCGUGAUCUUUGGCUGUAUAGCCAACGAGGGCUAUGUGAACCGGCCUGACGAGAUUGAGGAGUUCUGCAUCUUCAACAGGAACCAAAAUGCCUGUAACUACGCAGUGGGGAUGGGAACCCUGGCUUUCCUAAGCUGUGCUGCCUUCCUGGUCCUGGACGUCUACUUCCCCCAGAUCAGCAGCGUCAAGGACCGCAAGAAGGCUGUGCUUGCUGACAUUGGAGUUUCUGCAUUCUGGUCGUUUGUCUGGUUUGUGGGGUUCUGUUUCCUGGCCAACCAGUGGCAGGUUGCCAAGGAGGAGGACAACCCUCUAAGGGAGGGCGCGGACGCAGCCCGAGCCGCCAUUACCUUUGCUUUCUUCUCCAUCUUCACCUGGGCGGUGCAGGCCUUCCUGGGCUUUCAGAAGUACAAGCUGGGGGCUGACUCGGCCCUCUUCUCCCAGGAGUACGUUGACCCCACCGCCGACCCCAACGCUGCGUCCCCCAUGGGCACUGACUACACGAGCUAUGCCACCGACAUUGACACCGCGGCCAGCACAGAGCCAGCCUUUGAUGGCUCUGCUGGCUACCAGGGCCAGGAGUACUGAGCCAGAGGGCCAACGGAGGAAGAGAAGGACCAGGAAUGGGCUUACUCAGCAUCAGGGGUGGUUUAAGGGGACAUUUUUGUGGUUUAUGGGGACAUGGGGUGUCUUAAAGGUAGCCAAAUCCCAGAUCUGUUUGUGUUAGCUGUGAUGAUGAAAUACAGGGCCUUCAGAAAGUAUUCAAACCCUUUGACUUUUUCCACAUUUUGUUGUUACAGCCUGAAUUUCAAAUGGAUUAAAUGUAGAUGUGUCACUGGCCUACACACAAUAGCCCAUAAUGUCAAAGUGGAAUUAUGUUUUUAGAAAUGUUUACAUAUUUAUAAAAAAUGAAAAGCUGAAAUGAGUAUUCAACCCUAUUUUUUUAUGGCAAGCCUAAAUAAGUUCAGGAGUAAAAAUGUGCUUAGUUUGAGCAUGGUGAAGUUAAUUGGGUGUAUUGAUACAACCUGCAAAGCCUAGUCACUACAAAGAUACAGGCAUUCUAACUAACUCAAGGAAACCGCUCUGAGAUUUCACCACGAGGCCAAAGGUGACUAAAACAUUUACAGAGUUUAAUGGCUGUGAUAGGGGAAAACUGAGAAUGGAUGAACAACAUUAUAGGCACUCCACAAUACUAACCUAAAUGAUAUAGUAAACAGAAGGAGGCCUGUACAGAAUAAAAUAAUUCCUGUUUGCAAUAAGGCAUUAAAGUAAAACUGCAAAAAAUGUGGCAAAGCAAUUAACUAUGUCCUGUAUACAAAGUGUUAUGUUUGGGCCAAAUCCAACACAAAACCUCACUGACCACCACAUUUUUCAUAUUUUCAAGCAUGGUGGUGUCUGCAUCAUGUAAUGGGUAUGCUUGUCUUCGGCAAGACUAGGGACUUUUUUAGGAUAAAAAUAAAUGGAAUAGAGCUAAACACAGGCAAAAUAUUAGAGAAGAACCUGGUUCAGACACUGGGCGACAAAUUCACCUUUCAGCGGGACAAUAACAUAAAUCACAAGGGCAAAUACACACUGGAGUUGCUUACCAAGACGCCAUUGAAUGUUCCUGAAUGGCCUAGUUACAAUUUUGACUUAAAUCAACUUGAAAAUCUAUGGCAAGACUUGAAAAGGCUGUCUAGCAAUGAUCAACAACCAACUGGACAGAGCUUGAAGAAUUUAAAAAAGAAUCAUGUGCAAAUAUUGUCCAAUUCAGGCAUGCAAAGCUCUUAAAGACUUCCCCUGAAAGACUCAUAGCUGUAAUCGCUGCCAAAGGAGAUUCUAACAUGUAUUGACUCAGGGGUGUGAAUACUUAUGUAAUUAAAUAUUUCUGGAUUUUAUGUUCAAUACAUUUGCAAAAAAAAAUUUAAACAUGUUUUCACUUUGUCCUUAUUAGGUAUUGUGUGUAGAUAAAAUGCAUUUACUCCAUUUUGAAUUCAGGCCGUAACACAGCAAUAUGUGGAAUAAUUUGAGGGCUAUGAAUACUUUCUGAAGGCACUGUAGGAGUUGGCAAGAUAGCACUAACAGAUCUGAGACUUGAAUACCUGACAGGGACUUUGGGUGGCUAACAGGGUGGGACUGGACCAAGGGUUAGCAAUCACUGUGUGUGUGAGUCAGAGUGCUACAACGUUGCUGGGAAGGUGGAGGCAGGGUAUGAAAGAGAGCGAGAGUCUUCUCAGAGACCAUGGUCGGUGUGUGUGUCGGUGUCCAGAAGCGGUUUGCCUUUAGUUGGUUGGCCACCUCCAUGGGAUCAGACAGAGUUCUAUCCAGAAGAGGGUUAUUUUCUGCAGCCUUAAUUCACCUAUGUGUCCCAGUUGUCCACCCUUAUCCCAAAGUGUGCACUUGCAUACAUGGAUAUAAUGGGAUUGGUGUAAGCAUUGGCUGGAAGGACUUUCCACCAAACCUUGAUGGAGAGUGUGCAAGUGCACACUUCGGGAGAGAGGUGGGGAGUCGGGAUGCAGUCUUGGAACUCAUACACACCUAUACUAGCACAUAUAUCAACACAAAUUAAAGAAGGAACGUUAGGAAUGCACUUAGUGUGCAAACCUACUUUCUGGCAAACAUAAAGGGACGAGAUAGUCACCUGAUGAUAUAGGUGAUGGGACCUGAACAACGCAAGUCCUACGAAACACCACUGUGUUUUGUGGGCCUCAACACUAUAGCCUGGUCAUUGCACAAUGACCUAGGACCUGCUUGCCAUCCCUUUUCAGCCAGUUUAGCGUUCUUUGUUUGGCAAAUGUAAAAUGGCACUGUUUGGUGUCUACUCUUGGCCAUAUCUAUGCCAAAUUAACACCCAAGCCAAACCCACUGUUAACGGUGCUAAAUCUGAAAGGUUAUCCCAUCAUACAGGACAAAGGACAGGGUAUGACAUACAGGAACCGAACAACUAACAGUAAAGCACAACUAUAGACGCGCCACAUUAACACAAAUUGAGCUGUUGCAGAUGUGCUGCGUCAUCACCAGCGCAAACUCAGAUAUUGUCCUCAACUGUUCAUAGCAGAAAAUUCUCGAACUAGAUAAAUCGGUAAACAUUUUAUCAAAUUCUUAAGCAUUCCAUCAGCAGACACCAAAUUCUAUAUUGAUGACGUGUAAGCACUAAUUAAGAAGACCAAUGUACAUAACCAACUUAAAAGCCAAGUCCUUUUCCGCCAAUAACCAACCCCCAUGCACCAACGUUGACUGCCAACCAAAAUGUGACCAACACUGGCUUGACACUAGUAACUGACAUUGUGUAUGUCCUUAAAAUCAAAGCAAGAGUGUCAAUUGCAUACUCCUGUCCUCUCUCCUCACGUACAUAUCAAAAGAAUUGGAGGAGAAAGUCAGAGGGGCGGGAUCUCUGUUUUUUUCAUCCAACGGUUUAAAGAGAAGGGGGUGAGAAGAGAGGACGCGAAGAGUAUGCCAUUGAGAUUCUCCCAAAGUGGGCGCAGAAGCCUCUCAUUUGACUUAGCACUAGAAUACCAGCAGUUGAUUUCAGACUGACCGGUGCUUGUUAUCUCUUCUUUCAUAUGCCAACAGCUGAAGACUUUAGUGAUUUCUGUUUCCAAAUGUUUGUAAUGAUCCAUGUAUGUGUAACUGAGUGGGGUUUUUUCCAAGGCAAAACGUGCUCAAGAAUUGUAUAUAUAUUCUACUAUUUUUUGUAUAUAUACAGUACCAGUCUAAUGUUUGGACACAGCUACUCAUUCAAGAGUUUUUCUUUAAUUUUACUAUUUUCUACAUUGUAGAAUAACAGCAAAGACAUCAAAACUAUGAAAUAACACAUGGAAUGACGUAGUAACCAAAAAAGUUUUAACAAAUCAAAAUAUAUUUUACAUUGAGAUUCUUCAAAGUAGCCACCCUUUGCCUUGAUGACAGCUUUGCACACUCAUGGUAUUCGCUCAACCAGCUUCAUGAGGUAGUCACCUGGAAUGCUUUUCCAACAGUCUUGAAGGAGUUCCCACAUAUGCUGAGCACUUGUGGCUGCUUUUCCUUCACUCUGUGGUCCAACUCGUCCCAGACCAUCUGACUUACAUUUACAUUUACAUUUAAGUCAUUUAGCAGACGCUCUUAUCCAGAGCGACUUACAAAUUGGUGCGUUCACCUUAAGACAUCCAGUGGAACAGCCACUUUACAAUAGUGCAUCUAAAUCUUUUAAGGGGGGGAGGUGAGAAGGAUUACUUUAUCCUAUCCUAGGUAUUCCUGAAAGAGGUGGGGUUUCAGGUGUCUCCGGAAGGUGGUGAUUGACUCCGCUGUCCUGGCGUUGUGAGGGAGUUUGUUCCACCAUUGGGGGGCCAGAGCAGCGAACAGUUUUGACUGGGCUGCGCGGGAACUGUACUUCCUCAGUGGUAGGGAGGCGAGCAGGCCAGAGGUGGAUGAACGCAGUGCCCUUGUUUGGGUGUAGGGCCUGAUC